AAGAAAAAAGGGAAAGGAAAAGGAGCAGGAGGAGUAAUAGAUGGAGUCGACACAUCAGAGAUGUCCAGGGAGCAAUUGGAGGCGUUUGCUCACCGCCUUCGGGAUGAAAUGGAACGCGAACGAGAAGAACGAAAUUACUUCCAAUUGGAAAGGGAUAAAGUGAGAACCUAUUGGGACAUCACCAGGCAACAAUUGGACGAAGCCAGGGCCCUACUCAGGACCAAAGAGCGAGAUAUCGAAGAAACAGAGGAGAAAAACCAGUUUGAGAUGAAAUGUUUCAAACAAAAAGUGAAGCAUCUUUUGUACGAACAUCAAGCCCAUCUCAGUGAUGUCCGUGCUGAGGGCGUUAUGGCCCUAAAAGCUGCCCAGGAUGACCAUGAUGUCCAAGAAGGAGAACUGCUCAAGGAUAAAACCGAGUUGAAGGCUAGCAAGAGAGCUUUGGAGCAGGAAAUCUUGGAGCAAAUCAGAGCUAUUAAAAUAGAUCACAGCAAGGAAUUAAGUCAGGUGCGUGCUGAAUACGAGAAGGAAGCCAGAGAAAUUGAAGAUAAAUAUGACAAGGAAAUGACCAGUGAACGAGAAGAAUUGAACGUCAAACACCGUAUGGAAAUCGCAGAAGUCGAAGAACGAAAAAACCAACAAAUUGUAGAUUUAAUCAAAAGCCACGAAUUAGCUUUUAGAGACCUAAAAAUAUACUACAACGAUAUCACUAUCAACAAUUUGGCACUAAUCACCAGCUUAAAGGAACAAAUGGAAGAUUUAAAAAAUUAUUCAGAACGUAUGGAGCGCCAAGUUAGCGAUAUUCAGGCUGAAAAUAGGAAACUGGUGCAACCACUUAAGGAAGCCACUGAAAAAGUUAAUGAGAUGACCAAGAAAAUACAGAGUUAUGAAAAAGAUAGAAAUGAAUUAGCGUAUCUUCGGAAAAAGUAUGCAGGUUGCAUGAAAGACCUGAACAACCUAAAAUGGGCCCACGGUGCUCUAGAAUUGCGAUUCGAAAAAGUUAAAGCAGAUCGGGAUUAUUUGAACCAGAGAUUUAUACAGGCAGUUAUGGAUGUUCAGCAGAAAACAGGAUUGAAAACUUGUAUUCUAAAACGACAAGUUGAUGAGAUGACUCUGAAUGCAGAACACAGGGAUGCUGUGCUGGAUGAGAUUUUGACUGCGACCAAUUUGAAUGCGAAAGGCGUUAGCAGAAAACUUGAGGUUUUAUUGAAUAAAAAGAACACAGAAAUUCAAGAUUUACAAUACGAACUGGCACGUGUCUGCAAGGCGCACGACGACUUACUGAAGACAUACGAGUGCAAACUGCAACAGUAUGGCAUUCCAGUGGUUGAACUAGGAUUUUUACCCCUGAGGACCAAUUAUACUAAUUUGGGGAAAGGCCCUGCAGGUCUGGUAACACUAAAUCAGUAG